AUUGCAUUCAGUUUUGUAGCAAAUCUUGCGCGGUGAGUUUCAUAAUUGCAACGAGCGAGCUGUUGCGCUACGUAAUUUGUAGCUAAAAAAAGAAAGAAAAAAAAAACAAUUGUUUGCCGCUUUGUUGUUUAAUUGAAAGUAAUUUCUUGUGGGUAGUAAGACUGCGAUCCCGGCCUGCUCCAAGUCUCUUCAUCUGAAGUAAAAUAAUUUAUGCAUUUGUCUGAACGUACAUAAUUGGAAUAUCCAACAACAAACAAAUUGGACCAAGCAAACACUUUCUGCAGUUUUCAAACUUUCACUUCGACGCAACAUUUUUUGCUAAGCUUAAUUAGAAAUCUAUCCAUUUGAUUGAAGCGUGAGAAGCAAAACAACUAAAAACAUCAAAAUGUAUCCAUUUGGUUCCGGCAUGCCACAGCCACAAUCCAAUUCGCCAUAUAACAAUCAGAACAAUCCCAAUCCCGGCGCGCCAGUUGGUGUGCCCUUUGGCGCUGGUUGGAUAGCGCCUGCGCAACAUCACACCAAUCACACCUCUCCGCAACAUAUGCCACAUCAAAAUAGUUUGCAUUAUCAACCAUUGCCCUCACCCCAUCAGACACCAUAUCCUUCUACUAACAAUGUGUCGCAUCAUCUUCAACAUCAAGCGCCCUAUCCCCCCAUGGGUUCACCGCAUGGUGCACCUUAUCCAGGUUCCUCGUACCCACACAAUCCCCAACAUGCGCAAGCACCUUACCCAUCAGCAUCGGGGACGCCCACCCAUGGUACGGGUAGCGGUGGCGCAGGAGUGCCUACGCCCUAUCCAUCACACACUGCACAUUACACGCAUCCGGCUACGCAUCCUUCUUAUGCGCCAACGCAUGGAUAUACGCCUGUACCGACUUCGGUCGGCUAUGAAUCACCAGCCGGGAAUAUAGCGCACUGUUUCCAAGAGUUGGCCCACCGUCAGGGUCAUGUGCUGCACCAUCAUCAACCGUUUGCCCCUAGAGAGGGUACUCCAACUGUACUCCCCGCACAAAAUUUUGACCCGGUGAAGGAUGCGCAUGACUUGCGCAAGGCAAUGAAAGGUUUUGGCACUGAUGAGGAUGCUUUGAUUAACAUCAUUUGCCGCCGUUCCAAUGAACAGCGUCAGGAGAUUCAACGCCAAUACAAAACACAUUUUGGCAAAGACCUCAUCGAGGAUGUUAAAUCAGAGACUAGUGGAAAUUUCGAAAAAUUGCUUGUCGGUCUUUUGCGUCCAAUUGUGGACUUUUAUUGCGCCGAGAUGAACGAUGCUAUGGCGGGAAUCGGCACGGAUGAAGAUGUGCUGAUCGAAAUACUAUGCACAUUGUCGAACGUGGAAAUACACACUAUCAAGAAUCAGUACUUGCGCUUGUAUGGUGCUCACUUGGAGUCCGAAUUGAAAUCGGAGACUUCCGGCAACUUUAAGCGCCUGUUAGUCUCACUCUGUACCGCAGCACGAGAUGAGAGUGGUCAAGUGGAUCCAGCGGCAGCGCAAUCAGAUGCUCGUGAACUGCUCAAGGCAGGCGAAUUGCGUGUAGGCACCGAUGAGAGCAUGUUCAAUAUGAUUUUGUGCCAACGUAACUAUCAACAAUUGCGAAUGAUUUUCCAAGAGUAUGAAAAAAUGACUGGUCACACAUUGGAAAAAGCCAUACGCAAAGAAUUUUCUGGUGACAUAAUGGAGGGUCUGGUUGCUAUAUUCAAGUGCGUCACCAAUAAGACCGAAUACUUUGCAUCGCGUCUGCACAAGAGUAUGGCUGGUAUUGGUACGAAUGAUAAACAGUUGAUACGUGUCAUAAUCACACGUUCGGAGAUUGACUUGGCUGAUAUUAAGGCACAAUUUGAGCGCAUGUAUGGCAAGAGCCUGAAAAGCUGGAUCAAGGGUGACACAUCGGGUCACUACAAGCACGCAUUAUACGCCCUCGUUGGUGAACAACGCUCCUCCUAAAUGCCAAAAUCAGCGCUUCAUUCAAUACAAACACAUGCUUGCAUAUAUUUCACAAAUGUGUAUAAGAGUAACAACUACAAUUAAUUUUUUUUUAUAUAUGAAGAUUGAGGAAAAUUUUGUGCUUGAUGUUAACUAGGUAUCUGCCUAUUGGAAUACAUAUAUACACAUGUAUAUACGUAAACCUAUUUCGAAUAUGCAUAUGUAGUUCAAAGCAGUAAACUCUUCAUUCAAUAUUACUAUUAUCCUAUUUUCGCUUACGCACAGUUUUAUAAGUGUGCUUUCAUAUUCCAAAAAAUCGACUAUGUACACUGCAUAAGCAAACAUGAAAAAAAAACAAAAAAUAAUAAGUAUAUAUGUAUGUAUAUGUGCGCAUAUAUGCGCAUAUUUAAGAUAUAUUUUUCUUAUAUGUAUUAAAUAUGUAAAUGGAAAUUGCUGGAAACCUCAGUAAUUUUUUUAAAUUAAUCUCACGUCUCGUAUACCUACUCGUGACAAUGCCAACAUGCAUUUAAUUGUUGAAAAUCACCAAGUGUUUAUUUAAGGAAUCCUCCAAAUUUGUAUUAAUGCGCCCAUUUUUAAUGUCAUUUGAAACUGUUGUGUCUUACAUGCAAAUUUACUAUUUUGAAUGUAUUUGAUCUUUGAAAAAUAUGAAAAAUAAAUACAUGCGAAAAAAUAGAAACCAAGAUAA